AUGUCUGAACUUAGUACGAGUUUCACAAGCGAUCACCUCGAUGGAUAUUUCGAGCGCAUUGAAUUACCCUCGCGAUUUCGGCGCGAACAGAACCCCAAGUUCGACCGAGAGUUCUUAGCAACUAUCCAAGCUUAUCAUGUCUCCCACAUCCCGUAUGACAACACUGCCCUUCACUACAGCCCAACACCUUCCAUAUCGCUUCAUAUCCACGACAUCUUCCACAAACUCGUGACAAGAAAGCGAGGGGGGUACUGCAUGGAGAAUAAUAUUCUCUUAUACCAUGUAUUGAGGCAGUUAGGGUUCGACGUGUACCUCACCGGCGCUCGUCUCUAUCGAGAUGCAAAUAAUCCUAAACCGGGUUGGUCAGGAUGUAAUGAGGUUUCAUCGGCCUCCUAUAACCAUCGCCAGGAAAAGUGGACCACCACUGAGGCACAUCCGGCAGUGCGCGCUGAUUUGCCUUGGUUUGGACCGCUGCGGGCCGACGAGGCUCCUGCGGAUACUGGGUAG